UAAACAGGAAACCGGUUAUGUGUGCGUAUGAUUGGACACACUAGCCAGUAAUUCAUAUAAUCUAUGACGGUGGGAGGUGAAAGUGAGGGAUGCGUAGUCUGACGUUUGAUGAUCGUCGCUUGUCUCUUCAGAAGCAGUACACUAUUCAUCGUGAUCGUUUCGGAGAAUUUCACGCAGAGGAGGUGACUUGAUAUAGAGGUCUACAUCGAAAUAAACAAGCAGCAAUCAUGAAGGCUGCGAUUUUCCUCUUAUUGGGGAUACUUGCUGCAGCUCAGGCUAUAUCAUUCUUUAAUCUCGUGACGGAAGAAUGGAAUACUUUUAAGGUUACACACAGGAAAGCCUAUGACUCCAAGAUCGAGGAGAGCUUUAGAAUGAAGAUUUUCAUGGAGAACUGGCACAAAAUCGCCCUCCAUAAUCAGAAAUAUGAGUUGAACGAAGUUUCCUACAAGCUGGGAAUGAAUAAGUACGGUGAUAUGCUGCAUCACGAAUUCAUCAAUACUUUGAACGGUUUUAAUAAGUCGGUGAGUGCUCAACUUCGUGCUCAGAGACGGCCGAUAGGAUCCAGGUUUAUUGAGCCCGCCAAUGUCGAGAUACCGUCAUCGGUAGAUUGGAGAACGCACGGUGCUGUCACACCUAUCAAGGAUCAAGGACACUGCGGAUCUUGCUGGUCUUUCUCUGCGACUGGUGCCUUGGAAGGUCAACACUACAGAAUCACGGGCAAACUGGUAUCCUUGAGCGAACAAAAUCUGAUUGAUUGUUCCGGCCGUUACGGCAAUAACGGAUGCAACGGUGGUCUAAUGGAUCAAGCCUUCCAAUAUAUCAAGGAUAACCAUGGUCUUGACACUGAGAUUAGCUAUCCGUACGAAGCGGAGAAUGACAAGUGCAGAUAUAACCCCAGAAAUAAUGGCGCUACCGACAGCGGCUACGUGGACAUUCCGGAAGGGAAUGAGAAAAAACUGAAGGCUGCGGUCGCCACUAUUGGUCCGGUAUCGGUCGCCAUCGAUGCAUCCGCCGAAUCUUUCCAGUUUUAUCGCGAAGGAGUAUACUACGAACCUCGAUGCUCUUCCGAAAAUUUGGAUCAUGGUGUAUUGGUCGUUGGCUACGGUACGGAUGAUAACGAUCAGGAUUAUUGGUUAGUGAAGAACAGCUGGGGUGUAACCUGGGGUGAUGAAGGUUAUAUCAAGAUGGCGAGAAACAAGGACAAUCACUGUGGUAUCGCGAGCAGUGCUAGUUAUCCUCUUGUUUAAUCGUUAAGUAACGAACUUUCGCAUAUUUAAGAUCUGCGAACAUGACAACUUGAAUAAAACUUUCAAACAAACGGCA